ACGAGCGUUCGGCCUUUUCGGCUUCGGUCUUUGCACUGCCUUCAUUCGCUCGUUCAUUUGCCCGAGUUUGUGGAUGGCCGAGCAUUCUGCUGGUUCUCCCUCCAAUGGAUCUUUCUUCGAAGCUGGAAUUUGCAGAGUUUGUUAACCACGAAAAUCUUGGUGUCAAUGUGGCUGACCGCACCACCAUGUGGUGGUAACUACCAACAGGGACCUCUGUGGUCUCUGGCACGCCCUAGGCACCUUCAGGAUGAAGUAUAUCAAAGCCACUACAGUUCCCCAGGAAAUCCAAGUGUGGUUUCAGGGGGAACUGGAGAGCAGAGGAAUUGACACUGUGUACUCUCACACUGUGAUGAGUCUUCUUCUGCAUCCUGACAAAGUACAUCUAUCGCGCAAGGUUCUUCCACUGAUAAGAAGUACUGAACACAACAAAGAAAAGGCAAUAGGACACCGUGGUGAACUAGGAAACCGUGGUGCUGCAGUGGAGUGUCUUAGGUCAGCCACAGAGCAGAAGGCCGGUCUUGAAGCACUGGUGGAUGAGCUCUGCAGACGCCUGAACAACCACUUGCACCCUGAGUCUGAGGAAGAAGCUGCUGCAGCUGCACCCGUGGAGGAACCUGUGAUGCGUAGGUCUCCAAAGGAACUUGCACAAAUGUACUACGCUGCAUUUCCAGCCCUUGAGAACAGCCCCCAGGUGCAGGCGCAGCGGGUUUCUUGGGAUGGCCGCCACAUCAUAGAACUACAUGAGCGUGAGCAGCAGAAUGCGGAAGGUGCAAACUGGGAAUUGAUGCAAGAACAGCAACUGCGCAGCAAACUUGACAGCCCCAGCUUGGUUGCUAUAUGGGGCCGCCAGACAUCAGCAGCCAUAGAAACGCACAUCUUUGAUGGCUUCAAUUCGGUCUGGGCACUCAGUGGAGAGGACAAGGUUAUGCUCAAGGUAUUGUCGCGCACCAGUUGCGAAGGGCAACAGCCAAUGUGUGCUGAACGUUUUUGAAGAUACCGUCGAGCUUAGGGUGUGAAUAGGGGUCAGAUCAAAGUGUUUUUAGUCAGCUUUUGUGAACUUGAGCAGUGGGUUUUUCUAUCCAUGAGUACAUUGAGCGUGUGAAUGUGCAAUAUGUUUGCGUGUAAAUGUGUGGCUUGGAUACCCUUGGAAGUGUUCCCUUUUGUAGUUAUAGCCUGUCCUCAUCCUCUACCCUUCCCCUACCUGAACUUCCUUGCCCGGAGUCUUUGUAAUUCUUUUGUUAAAAAAAAUGUGAUUUGUUGUCUUGCAUAUUAAUGUGCCCAAGUACAAACUAGAUUGCACUUGUAUAAGGUGUUCUUUUUAUUGUGAAAGAGAAAGAUCUGUUUAAAACAUGCAUAUAAGAUCAUUAAAAUCUUUUGUUUCUGUGUUCAAAACAGUUACUUUGUGGUCCAGUGUGUGAGCUUGUGGCAUUUAAUUUAAUCUUGUCAGAUUCCAAGGUAAUUUUUUUUAGUCUUAAAAUGAAUAGGAUAGUCUAUAUGGAUAUAUGUAUGUCUAUAUAUAUAUAUAUAUAUAUAUAUAUAUAUAUAUAUAUAUAUAUAUAUAUAUAUAUAUAUAUAUAAAUAUAUGUAUAACCUUGUUGUCUUGUGACAAGUCAUGUGAAACUGAAAUUGAACCUUUUAUAUUUUCUUGUUCAUUUAAAAAUAAAUACCAUGUUGGACAUCAGAGAUUAUGAAUGUGUAAAUAUGAUCGACCUCUCAUGCUGCAACUCUUAGUGUGUGGGUACAUUUUUGUUCGUUAGCUUUUUUACAUUUUUUUUUAUUAAUGUGCCUGUUUGCUGUAGCCCGGUCAUUUGUUGGCAAUAAAGGUUGAUGUACCCUGCUGA